AUGGGAGCUGCAGAAGAUUCCAAGGACAUCUCUAGGGUCCAAAGCCGCGAGAAGAACGGAGAGACUGCUAUAGUUUCGGAGAAGUAUGCCGACGUUACGCUGCGUCUCGUUGAACAGUAUGGGGAGCAGUUUGGGCCUUUGACUCCCGAAAAGGAGAAGAAGUUGCGUCGCAAGCUAUACUGGCAUGUUAUGGGGUUGUUGUCAGCCAUCAAUCUCUUGCUCUUUAUUGAUAAAUCAACUCUUGGAUAUGCCGCUAUUCUUGGUCUUUUCGAAGAAACAGGUAUCAACAAAGCGCAAUAUAAUAACCUUGGAACCUUCUUCUACGUCGGAUAUCUUGCUGCGCAAUGGCCUGGACACUAUCUCAUGCAGAGACUUCCCUUUGGCAAAUUCGUCGCCGGCUUGGUCUUCAUGUGGGGAGCCACCAUCCUCCUACACUGCGUAGCGACAAAGUACGCCGGCUUGGUCGUCCUUCGGAUAGCCCUUGGAGCAUCUGAGUCAGUGGUUGUGCCGGCUAUGGAAAUGACGAUAGGCAUGUUCUUCAACCGCCACGAGCAGUCGUUUCUUCAGCCUUUCCUCUGGGUCACAGCGGCUCUGGCGCCUGUCUGCGCUGCUUUCAUUUCGUAUGGCCUACUUUGGAGCCACAGUAGUGUUCUCCCUUGGAAGCUGUUCAUGAUCGUCACAGGGGGUCUUUCCAUCAUUCUCUCUGUGUUUGUCUGGUUCUUCUACCCGAGCAACCCUGCCGAGGCCAAGUUCCUCACACUGGAAGAAAAGGUUCACUCAAUCUCAAGAGUGCAUGCCUCCAGUCAAAGCUCUAUCGAACAGAAGCAAUUCAAAAAGAACCAAUUCCAAGAAACAUUGAGGGAUCCGGUUUCCUGGUUGUUUGCUCUUCAAGCUUUUACCCUUAUGAUGUCUAACAAUUUGACAUACGGACAACAAAAUCUCUUGACUACAUCGCUUGGUGUUGAUAAUCUAGGCUCAACACUUGUUGCUGCGGCGGGCGGUGGCUUUGGAGUCGCUAUUUGUCUCGCUGGCACCUUUGCCCUCAAAUUUUGGCCCUCCAACCUCGCUCUUCAUGGACUCGUCUGGUGCAUCCCAGCCAUUGCAGGUGGCAUCGGAAUGGUCGCCAUCGAUUGGAACGAGAAGAUCGGAAUGCUGGCCUGCCUUCUUCUUGCCGGCCAUACCUACGGAAACACAUACAUCAUCGCGUUGGGAUGGGCCACGUCCAGUGCAGCUGGUUACACGAAGAAGCUGACUCGAAACGUCAUGUUCAUGGUCGGAUACAGUGUUGCGAAUUUGAUUUCCCCGCAGAUCUGGGUCCCCAAGGAUGCACCGCGCUAUUACGGUGCUUGGAUUGCAAUGAUUCUCAUCAGCUGGGUGGGAACUCCUGCGAUCCUGUUUGUGAUUCAGUUCAUUCUCAGGAAGAGGAACAAGGAGCGUAAGGCUUGGGCAGCUGGUUUGAGUGAGGACGAGAGACUGGCACAUGAAUAUGGCGAGGUGGAACAGGUGGAUGAGAAUGGCGAGAUUGUUCGUAGGAAGGUUGAGAUUGCUCUACUGGAUUUGACAGAUCUGGAGAACAAAUUCUAUAUCUAUCCUAUUUAG